AUGGCUUUCAACAAAAAAUACGCUGGUCUACCCGACCUGGACCCAUCACCCGACAUCUACGAGACCCCUGAUCUAACUGACGAAGCCUCAACAAUUCCCGCAACAACGAUUCGCACAGACUCUGAUCAUGACGACACCGCGUACAACUCCGAUAUUGAUCGUGAAGGGGUCAAUGCCGACCAGGCGCGUCUGCAUUUCAUGGGAGCAGCGGUUGAUGCCCGUGGCGCCAAUUUCUCCGACAGUAUCUCCACCAAGCGUCAGGCGUAUCGCACUCGAGAGAAGAGCCAAAGGAGGCGACGGAGACGAGAGGACGGAACUGAAGAUGUCGGGGAUUUGAGCGACAGCGAAGACGAAUCGCUCGAGCGACGGCUGGCCCGUCUGCGGCGGGAAGUGGAGGAUUUGAAAUUACAAAUGGAAAACAGGGCUGGUUCGGGCCAUGAUGGUACUUCGACCUCGCUUGAUGCAGGCCAGACUGCCCACCAUCACGCGGCGGAUGGCGAGGAGCCAGGUGAAGCGGCAUCAUUGGGUGACGGAGUUGCUGAACUGAGUCGGGCCUUGGAUAACUUACAUGCCUCAUCGCGUGUCAACCGGUCUGGAUCACACUACUCGGCGGCCAAUUUCUUAACUCAAAAACUCGGCACAAGUCUUCCCGGCGCGCAAACACCAAAACAAGGAUCCUCGUCGACGGGCGAAACGGCGGCAUCGGCCGUGACACCCGUCUCGUCACAGACUACCACUGCGGCCGCGCCACUAUCACAAUCAUCUUUGUCGGACGCCGCCACCGCAGGAGGACUGCUUUCUCAUGCAGCCGCCUUUGAAGGGCGUCUGGCCCUUCUCGAAACAUCCAUGGGCAUCUCGAGCUCAUCCAACCCCUUCGUCGGAGAUGGCUUUAGUGAGCCCACAUUGCAGCCCGUCUUGCCAACACUAGAACAGAUGGCCACCCGCCUCUCAACACUGACGAGUCUUUUGGUGGGCUCACAUCAUCCCGCAUCGGGCGGCUCCAAUUCCAACGCGGCCAUCAUGGCGUCAACAACGCCCAAUCUGGAAGCGCUGUCAACACGAAUUCGCAAACUGACCGCCGACGCCGACGCCCUGGCCUCUUCUCGCAAGCGUGCUGCCGAUGCGGCCAAGGCGGCUCAGGCGGCGCGCCUGAGUUCCGGCGCGGAUGGGGAUGCUGCGCCCCCACGACGGCCGACGCAUCCAGCGCCUGUCCUGGAGCGUCUCCGCUCUCUUCGGGCCUGUCACGCUGGCGCAGCCCACGCCGCUGAAUCGCUCAAUGAGCUGGAGAAGCGCCAGGCGGAGAUGGCCACGGAGAUUGAGCAGUGGCGGGAGGGCCUCGUGGCCGUUGAAGAGAGAAUGAAGCAGGGCGAGGGAGCGCUACGUUCCAAUGUGGAGACGGUUGAGCCGUGGGUGCGGGACCUUGAGGCUCGCAUGGCGCGUCUCGAGGGUCCCCCGGAGGAUUCUGAGGCUGAAGGAGGAGACCAUCGAACACACAGAGUGCUCUUGAGAUGA